GCGAGCUGCCGUUACAAUCCGAAGAAGAAGAGAAGGAGGACUGUCAUGGCUGCCGCUGGGCUGAAGAUGUGUCUGCUGCUGCACCUGCUCGUGUUCAGCUGGUAUAUAUUCACUAUCUGGAGUAACUGCACCCUGCAGACCUCAGACAGACACCCCGGUCUGCGUUCAUACGGAGGCCGCUGGAAGUAUCUGACCUUCAUUAAUCUGGUGCUGCAGGCGGUGUUUUUUGGAUGGUGUGUGUUGGUGGACGUGACGCACAUGCUGGUGCCGGUGAAACACACUCGCAGCGGCACUCCUCUGAGGCUCAGUAAAAUCAGAGACUUCUACUUCACUGCGCUGGCCUUCCCGGUCGGCACUUUUGUGUUUGCUUCCUUCUGGAGUCUCUACACGUACGACCGGGAGCUGGUGUAUCCCAAAGUGUUAGAUGAGAUCAUUCCCACCUGGCUGAACCAUGCAAUGCACACGGUGAUCAUGCCUUUGCUGCUGCUCCAGAUGUUCCUGCAGAAUCACACGUAUCCCAGUCGCGCUAAUGGGAUUGGUGUGCUGGCUCUGUUUUCCGCUCUGUAUUUGUCUUGGGUGUUGUGGGUGCACCAUGCCUCAGGGAUCUGGGUGUACCCCAUCAUGGCUCACUUGAGUCCCAUGGGCCUUUGUGUGUUCCUGGGCGGCGCGUCCCUCUCCAUGGCUCCUCUUUACCUCUUAGGAGAGAAGCUCAGCCGCACGAUGUGGAGCUCCACAGGUAAUCCAAUGAAGAAAAAGAAGUAAAUGUCAACUGGAAAACACAUUAAUCAUGUGGAUCUCAAUACCAGCCAAACAAAGGGAACAAUGACGAGCUGAUGUGUUUUCUACAAGAGGGGCUUGAUUCGCCCUCACAAACAAACAGAACAACACUAUGACACAUCAAUACACCUACUGUACACAAGGUGUGUGUGUACACUUAUAGGUUUAUUCAUUUUUUGUGAUAAUGAAAAUCAGUUGCACUUACAAAUUGAAAUGCUGUAUUUUAUUUUUAAAUAAAAUUCUUUAUUUUAUCAUUUUUAUGCCUGUAUAAUAUCCCAGAAUGCUGUUGUUCAGUGGUUAAGGGACAGCUAGGACCAAGCACUUUUCCCUUCUCAGAUUCAUAAUUGUUUUUUUAUGGACAAAAAAGCUUGAGCUGGUGACCAAUUAAUAUAAAAUAGUUUUUCUGUGUGGUUUGUCAAAUUGUGCUGUUGCAUCCAACGCAAGCAUUAGUAGGUGUUUGGAUAUCGAUGAGGCUAGUCUGAGGGCUCGAAUGACCCCUGAUCCUGGGUGAACUCGGGUAAUCUCACUAGCGAAGCCCUUAAUGUGAUUUCCUGGCUUGAAGGAGAGUUUGAUGAUGGACUUUAUUGGAAACAAGUAAACCGAAGUAAUCUGGCACAUUUCUUCCACAUCCAGAAAACUGGCCCUGUAGUAAUGCUUCUGAUAACUUUUAGGCCUAUCAAUCGGAAAAUGUUUUUUUAAUGUUUUUUUUGUUUUGUCGACAUGUAAAUGUGUUCAAUCUUAACUUGUUUACAUUAAUCAAAAACACCUAUUUAGGUGAACUGAGUUGACGAAUGCGUCUGGUCUGGUGUUUACAUGAUCACUGAGACCACAGCAAACAUGAUUCCUGCAGUGAUAUGGUGGGUUUUGGCAUUUGUGUUAAAUGUGUGAUGAUGCACUGACUCUGAAGAGGACUGGUGUACACGAUCUAUGAUUAUUCAUGUCAUCUGUGUCCUUCGUUCAAAAAACAAUAAUAAAUCAGAGCUAUACUUUUAUUCA